GGCUGUUAAUUUUAAUUCUGAUGAGAUCGAUAUUCCUCCUCUCCUCUAAAGGCUUGCAUACUUGGUCAUUUAUUUUUUGUUGCAGUUGUGUAUUUUGAUAAUUGCCCACAUGUUUAUUUGAACUGUGAUAAGACCGAAAUUUUCCCCUUUUUUAAAAAUGAGUUUUUGUUUUGUUGCCUGCAGUUCCUGAGACUUCACCAGAGAAAAAAGGCAAGGCUCGCAAAACAAACAUUGAAGCUUCUCCAACAAAAAACCCUCAGAAGAAAAAGAGGAAGCUGGUAAUCAAAGAGUCUGAAGAUUCCUCAGACUUAGAUGAGGCGAUUUUCAAACCGAAAAGACAGAGGGUCACUUCAGAGAGUCUGGAAUCUCACCUCACUUGUGAUUUCAGGUCAGAGGCUGCAGCAAGUCCAGAAGAAGGUGUCCAAAAGAAGAAAUUGCAAUGUCGGUUCUGCCAGAAAAGUUUUAGCUGUCACCAAAGUCUAAGCAGGCAUAAAAAAAUCUGCAAGAGUAAUCUAAAUCCUCGGCCGUGCACCCUCGUUUGCAAUACCUGUAAGAAACAAUUUUCGCGCCGUUAUAUGUUUAAAGCGCAUGUCACAAAUUGUAGUGGCAAAAAGUUGCCCAACCAUGGUGUGGGCAAUAUGUCUUGCCCCUAUGAUAAGUGUCCGAAGCGCUUCAUGUUCAAAAUUGACUUGUGUGAACAUCUCUAUGCAGACCACAAGGCUGACAUUAAGCCUCCAGAAACGCAUUUAUUUAAGAAUUUCGAAGAAUUUUCCAAAUUUAAAACCAAAAUUGAAGAUGAGACGUACUCAUAUUAUUCACAGCAAUUUGGAAAACGUAACGGCAGAACAUAUUAUUACUGCCAGCACGAUGGAGCCCAAAAAAGUCACCGUAGGAAUGAUGAGGCUACCAGGAAGACUGACCGGCGGAACAAAAAAGGACCAAUUAAAAAAAAUAAUCUAUGUUUAUCAAUGAUGGCAGUAAAAUGUUUGCCGAAUGGAAGUAUUCAAGUAGCAUAUAGGCCUACGCAUCUUCACCCUUGCAGGCCGCAAGACUUGAAACACCAGCCGCUAUCAACAGAAACCAAUCAGUAUAUCUCUAAAUUAUUAUCGUGGAAUGUGCCUCCUUCUAAAAUUGUUGAAUGUCUCCGGGGCGAUUCUUACAAAAGGAACAAUCGUUUGAGCAGGAGCUCUAUCAAACUAAAGAGAGACAACCUUGUUAAAAAGAAAACUAUAACUGAAAGGAUGAGAAAAAAGAAAUCCAGUCUCAGAUUUUCCAAUAAUGAUGCAGAAUCUGUGUACAUGAAAGUCAACAAACUAAUCCAGGAAAACUACAACCCUGUUCUCAUGUACAAACCUCUUGGAGAGAAGACCAUUAUUGGACCCAAGGGGUCCGAAAAUCUGCCAGAUGAUGUUUUUGUUUUAGCUAUACAGUCAAAAGAGCAACUAGAAAUGAUGGUGGAAGGAUGCAAAGAAAUACUGGUCAUUGAUGAGACUCACUCCACCAACUCGUAUGAUUAUAAGCUCUUGAAUCUAAUGGUGAGGGACAAGUUCAACCUUGGGUACCCUGUUGGUCAUGCUAUUUGUCACCCCUCAGAAGAGACAACUCUGCAGUAUGUCUUCAAAGCCAUUAAGGAAAGGUGUCCAGAUUUAUCAAUUAAUUGCUGCAUCACAGACGAUGACCCAAAAUUAAUAAAUUCCGUCAAUGCAGGAUUGGGAGAAGCAAUUUGGCAUUUGUUAUGUGUGUGGCACAUACACCGUACAAUUCAGUCAAAUUUAAGAGAACGCAUUAAGGAUAAUGAUUUGGUCAAUGAAAUUUAUGGCAUUAUGUGUGUUCUUAUUGAAGAAUGUGACGAAUCUCAGUUCAUACAGCUGAAAGAUUCUUUUUUAAAUGAAUAUUCGAACAACUGUCCAGAGUUUACUAAGUAUUUUAACAAUACAUUCUUCCCAAAAGCGCAUAAAUGGGCAAAAUGUUAUCGCCUUAAACCUCAUGCUGAAACUGAGACAACUAUGCUCGUGGAGUCCUUUCACAACAUUUUGAAGACUCAUUACAUGAAAAGAGCUCCAUGCAAACGUCUAGACGACUUGAUUGAUCUUCUGUUGGAUAUUGAAGAGGAUUACUACGUGAGGUACACAAAUUCCGUUCUUCUGAAGACAAUGUCUGAUAAGGACCAUAGAGCUCUGUCUAGACGACAUCUGAAGGGCAUUGAAAUAAAAGACUCUGAUGUCACCCUGGUAUCAGAAAGAUUCUGGACUGUGAAAUCUCAAGAGAAAGAUUCUUCUGAGGUUUAUAGUGUAGUAAUGUGUGCUGAUCAAUGUUCAAGUGACUCAUGUAUAUAUGCUUGUUGUUACUGUGACACUUUGUGCUCUCAUUUAUUCUCUUGCUCUUGCCCUGAUAUGUUUCCGCUCUGUAAACAUAUACAUAAGGUAUUUUCAAUGAUUGAGUUAUCAAAGCCUCUUGAAAAGGAGAAGAAAGAGCCUGAAUUUUUCUUAGGAGCUUUUGAGAACAAUAUUCCAUUAGUUGAAGAGACAGCAGCUGACAGCCGUUCCAACUAUACGGAAAGAAGUGUUCAACAGCGCAUCCAAAAAAUAAGAGAAAUCAUGGAAGACUUUGACAAAACUUAUCUAGACAACAGUCCUGUAAAGAGAAUUUUGCCACAGAUUGAAACUACCCUGACCGACUUGCAAACUCAAUGUAAAGUUCUGUGCUUCGAUCCUCCAAGGGCAGUACCUGAAAUGGAGGUGAAGACUCAGACUGCUCCAAAUGAAAAAUUACAGAAACAGUUAACGCCUUUUGUGAAAAAAACAAAAAAACGCAAGCCGACAGCAUUGAAGAAGCCGCACAAGAAAUGUGUCACAGAAAUAAAAGACUUUCUACUCCAGGAGCACCAGGAGAGUGAAGAGAAUGUUGACUCAGAUUUAGCUCCUUUGUCCGAGUUGAAUCAUGAGCAGGCUACUGGUGAACCCACUAUAGAUAUUGAUAAUCCUCUUGAUGUUGUGAUAGAAUAUCAGGGGAUAAAGGUUUUAUCAUUGCAUUUAAAGGCUCUAAAUCCAACUCUUGAUGAAAGAGAAUUGCCUUUACUUCUUCAAGCAGAUUCAAAAUUUGUGCAUGGCUAUUUGUAUGACGAAGUAAUCAACAUUUUCCUCAAGAUGAUAUGCAAUGAGAGUGUUUACGCCUGUGACACAACAGUUGCCCAAAGACUCUGUAGUGGAAAUCAGAACUUCAAGAGUCUCCCCAAGAAACUCUCAUCAAAAGAAUUUAUUUUAUUUCCUGGUAAUUCUGGCAACCACUGGAUCAUUAUUGUUGCAGAAGUAAAAUCUUCUUCAUUAUGGCUAUACAAUUCUCUCUCCUGCACAGGAAGCCUGUUAUCAACAUAUGAAAGACAAAUGUUAAGUGCUGUUGCUAAGUUUCUAAAAAAUGUUUUCAUUGAAACCAAAUCUUGGUCUAUCAAACGUCAUUUUGAUAUUCAGAAGGAUACCGUAAGCUGUGGUGUUCACAUCUGCUGGUUUGCACUUCUUUUAACAAGAAAGUAUAAUUUAGCCCCUCUAGAAAAUCCAUCAGACUUUAGACAACACAUUUAUGACUCUAUUCUCCUUCAAAAGGAUUUGUAAUUGUGCCUUCAAAAUUUUAUGUCAUCAGUAUUUUAGAAUUUUUUCUUCUGUAUAUUUUAUGGAGAUUUUUCAAAAACCACAGAAUGUACAUUUGUUUUCUGUGGCAUGUUGUUGCCUAUUCAAAUUGAGUGUGAUACUGUAAAUGUUACGUAUUUGUUGCUCAUUGUUGUUGUAAAGUAUAAACAAAAAUUUUUAACAUGGUUCUAUUUUAGGACAUUUAUUUAGGUGGGAUUACAAUGUAGUUGUAGGAACUGGGUUAUCUUUAUACUUCUUAACAAGAAAAGUUUUAAAAGAAAUUCAGCUUGUAAUGUGUUUUGUGGGAAACCAUCCACAAUUUUUAUUUGAACAUGUAAGCAUACAAGUGCUUCCGUAAUUCAAACACCUCUGUAAAAAGGGACGCUUUUAAUGACUUCCUGAGAAUGUCCUUCAUACUGCCCGUUUAGCUUGAGCAGUUAGUAGUGAGACACUGUUUUCUUUUAUUAAGAAGUCACCCCUAAGUACAAUUUUUUGCCUUUUGAAACUUUUAAAAAAAAGGAACUUAGCACUACUAUAUGAUUACAAGACUGCAUAUCUUUUGUUAUAUGUCCAUGUAUGUGUGAUUUCUACCAUGUCAAUUUAUUAUUACCAAUCAAAAUGAGUCUUCUUUCAUAGGUAAUAAAUGUGGAGACAAAAUGCUCUACUCUAGGGUGUAGCGGGUGCCUACGUUUUCAGACAUUUAAUGUAACCUACGUUUCUUUCCUGGUGUCACUUGGUAAUCUUAUCUUAUGUUAGUGUGUGCAAACCUUUGUGCUGUAAGAAAUGAACGCUGAUCUCAUUGUGUGUUAAUGUUUUAGAGUGAGUGCGCAGGAGGUAAGGGUAGCGCAACUCUUUAUUCUUAUUUUUCUCUUGAAAAUGAGAAAAAAGAUAUUUUUGUGACCAAUCUGGUAUAGUAUUAUAUUGUUUCUGAAGUGUUCAGUUUGUCAUGGCCUACCUCUAAUUGAAACUGGUCAAUCAAUGAAGACUUAAACUGUUGUUUCUUUUGUCCCUUUGUUGUUCAAAAAUGAUGUGUGUUCUCUAGCAGAUUAUAUGAAACAAUUUGACAUUACCAAAAUUUAUAUAUGAUUUAUUACUUGUAAUGCCAAUAAAACUUGCACGGAAAUAAUUA